GGCUCGCCGAUGGUGGGCGCUUGGGAGCCGAUCGAUAACCUAUCUGAUCCGCACGUGCAGGAGAUCGCGAGAUUCGCUGUGGCAGAGAACAACGAGAAGACCAAUGGUGUUUUGAAACUCAGCCGCGUGGUAAGCGGCGAGAGCCAGGUGGUUGCCGGCACGAAGUAUCGCCUCAUCGUCGAGGCCGGCGGCGGCGGCGGUCCGGCGAAGUAUGAGGCCGUCGUGUGGGAUCAACCGUGGAAGAAGUUCCGCCAGCUCAUCUCCUUCCACAAAGUGAAUUACUAGAGGGUGUGAGAUUUCUAAAGAAUAAAGCUCCUUUGUAAUUUUUCUUUUGUCUGGUUUCAUGUUCAAGUUACCGUUAUGUGCUGGUAUUAUUCCUAAGUAUCGUAUAUGAUUAAAGAAAAGGGGUUUUACAUAUAUGCCACAGAAAUGUUAUAUAUUUACAUCUUUGUA